AUGUCAGGAAAAGAUGUUUUAGCGAUGUUACUGACUGGCUUCGGUAAAUCUGUCAUUUACCAAAGCUUCGUUUUCGCGAAGGAUUCCUCUUCCAUCGUUGUUAUUGUUCCUCUUCGGAGUACCAUCGAUGAUCAACUACAGUCAAAUAAUUUUGGCCUGAAAGCAGUUGCUUUCGAGAAGAAACCAGAGUUGAUGAAAGACAUUGCUGCCAACAAAUUUCAAGUGAUUUUUGCUUCUGCGGAACAAGCGCUUUCCAAAGAAUUUAGAGAUUUGCUGAAGGACGAAUCGUCGGAAUUCAGGAAGAAUUUGUCCUUGGUUGUGGUCAACAAAUGUCACACUAUCGAAACCUGGUAAGUUUUUUUAGGGGUAAAACCUGUAAGUCAAUUUCCAUCCGGUGAUCUCUCGUUCUCUUUUGAAAAACAGUUACAUGAAUGCAAAUUUCCACAUGCUAGUUAAGCUUGAGUGAGUGUGAUCGAAUGCAAAAAAGUGAUCUUCAUACCUUACAGCUAGUCCCGCAUUUACAAUAGUUUACUUGUGUUCACAGGGGCAAGAGUAAAAAAUGCGGGAACAAGUUUCUUCAACUGUUUCGAAAGGACUUUGGCUCGCUAUCUACGUUGCGGUCUUUUUGUGCAGGUAUUAUAAAGAAUGUGUGUUUGAUAUGUGAUUGCGCAUGCAUAAUAACUGUAUGGGGCUGUGCGGAAAUGUUAACUUUUAGCUUCUUAAAUGGAGGUAUUCCUGAUAGUUUACACACUUCGUUUACUGUAAAAGCACACUUGCAGAUGUCGCUAGUUUUAAAGUGCUGGGCAACAUAAUCUUUUUGUUGUCACCAUUUUAGAAAUGCAAGCUUAAUCUUUUUAAUAUUUGAGAAAUAAGCCAUAUUUCAAAGAUUGAAAAUAAUUUUAGUCAGAUCUUUGUAAAAAAUCUACUAGCCAACACCUUACAUAUGCAAGUUUUUAUUAUGUGGCAUACAUAAAGGGCAUUCUAUAUUUAGGUAUCCCAUUCUUGGCAUUAACUGGAACAGCUGAUGUUAAGGUGAAGCAAACCAUCAUGAAAGACUUGUCUUUCAAGAAAGACAAAGUUGUUUUGGAUAUCAGUCCUGAACGGAGCAAUAUUCGUUUCACCAUCAUAAAAACAAAAAGACAAAAUCAUCUCCAACAUCUUCAGUGGUUAAUUGACAUGAUUCGAUUGGAAAGGGAAAAUAUGCCCAAAACCAUAAUUUUUUGUACUACAAUGCAAGAUGUGGCCAAAUUGAGUGGUCACCUUCUUGGAAUGCUUGGUGCUGAUGCCUAUGUUAAUGACAAGCCUUGUGUGCCAGCGAACCGACUGCUUGGAAUCUAUCAUUCCAUGACUUGGCCAACGUACAAGGUUAGAGUAACUGAUUCCUUCAAGCAAGAUAGUGGCUGUGUUAAGGUUGUGGUUGCAACCUCUGCGUUAAGUAUGGGGGUCAACUUCCCAGAUGUAAAAUUUGUCAUACACAUUGGUCCUGCACGGAGUACAGUCGAUCACAUUCAGGAAGCAGGACAGGCAGGUCGUAAUGGAAAACCUGCACACAAUGUGAUCGUUUAUCACGGCAAUCAACUCUCACAAUGUGAUAAGGCAGUCAAAACGUUCUGUAAGACAGACACUUGCAUACACAAGGCCUUAUUUGAAGAGUAUGCUGCUGUGGAAAGUUUAACAUGUCUGUAUGACUGCUGUAGCGACUGUGAGAAGAAGUGUUUAUGUGGCGGGGGUGAGUGCAAGCGAGAGGCAUUUCCUUUGCAAUCAAAGUGCACUAUUACAACCCAGAGAACUGUAAAUGCUGAGGAUCGCAAUGUUCUGCAUGAAGCCUUAACUGAGUUGCAGAGCAAUUUGAAUGGUCCCACAUUGUCAUUGUUUGGAUCUUCUAGUGCUCAUGGAUUUUCCACUGAGCUUAUCAAGAGCUUGUGGCAGAAGCUUCCUCGAUAUUUUCAGUUUCUGACAUUUUAA